AUGAUUCCUCCAAACUCUUCUUCAGCUGCUGCAGAUGAAACACGCUUACUUUUACCGAGUGACGAACAUAUCCCACGCUACAUGACUGCUUCUCCAAUUCCUUCGGCGCGUAUAAUCCUUGAUCACGCACCCAAGGAUACUUGGAGCCUAAUCAAAGUCCGGUCAAGGUACUACCUUCCUGUUUUGCAAUGGUUGCCGCACUACAAUGCCAACCUGUUUCUCGGUGAUCUAAUUGCCGGUCUCACAUUGGCAUGUCUGCUUGUUCCGCAGGCUCUGUCCUAUGCAACUGCUCUCUGUAAACUCGAAGCCAUCCAUGGUUUGUAUGCCAUUGCUUUCCCGGCUAUUACCUAUGCGAUCUUUGGCAUGUCAAGACAAAUGAGUGUGGGCCCUGAAGCCACCUUGUCGCUCCUCGUGGGGUCAUCCAUAGCGCAACAAGAACAAUAUGACGACGAUCACUUGGAUCGAUUAGCGUGGGCCUGUCUCAUGACACUGUUCGUCGGCAUUUUCACCUUUUUGCUCGGUAUUGUCCGCCUCGGGUUCUUGGACAGCUUAAUGAGCCGUGCACUUUUGCGCGGUUUCAUCACUGGCGUUGCCGUUGUAGUUAUGCUACAACAAAGCAUCAUUUUGCUCGGCCUCGUCGGCAUUAGCGAAGAAGCCGGAAUCACAGAAGCGUCUUCAAGCAUUGCACGCGUUACGUUUCUGUUCAAUCAUAUCCAUCAAGCACACAGACUGUCUACGAUUGUCUCAGCUGUAUCCAUUGCUGUUUUGCUCGGUUUCCGUAUGCUCAAAUCCAAACUAGCAAAAUAUCGCUGGUUGGCACUUUUCCCCGAAGUCUUGUUGGUGGUUGUGCUAGCAACUGUCUUGACGUGGAAAUAUGAUUGGCAAAUUGAAAUCUUGGGCGAAAUCGAAAGCACGGGCAUUCCUCUACCGUCUAUCCCUGCAUUUCCCGAUAACACGCACCUCAAAGACUUAUUGGUGACUUCCGCACUGAUUUCAGUCAUUGGAUUUGUGGAAUCUGUUGUCAUUGCAAAAACGUUUUCGAGUCGACAUAAUUAUUCAGUUAGCGCUAAUCGUGAACUGGUCGCGCUAGGCGUUGCCAAUACUGUCAGUGGACUUUUUCAAGGGAUCCCAGCAUUUGGCUCGGUUGCUCGAAGCAAGAUCAACGAUCGUGCAGGUGCAAGAACACAAAUGGCGUGCAUGAUCACCGGAGUUUUGGCACUCGUUGCUAUUUUCUUUUUAUUGCCAUACUUUUAUUAUCUACCCAAGACGGUCUUAUCAGCCAUCAUUUUCGUAGCUGUUUUGUCAUUGCUAGGCGAGCUACCUGAAGACAUGCAUUUCAUUUUCAGGAUUGGCGCUUGGCGAGAUCUGGUCUUGCUUUUGAUUACCUUUUUAGGCACCGUCGUGAUUUCGCUAGAAUUUGGUACGCUUGUAGCCAUCACAUUGUCUCUUCUCCUAACUAUCAAAGAGACAAGCUACCCCCGUAUUUCAAUUAUGGGUCGUGUUAAAGGGACACACAACAAGUUUAGAGCAAUCCACGAUGAUCCCGAUGAGAUCGAGCACCUAGAAGACGUCCUAAUCGUGCGCAUUGAGGAGCCCCUCUUUUUCGCCAACACAGGAAAACUCAAGGAUCGCUUACGCCGACUUGAGCAUUAUGGAGACAUGUCAACGCAUCCAUCCGAACGCCCACGGCGAAAUGCAUCUUCAUAUAUUAUAUUCGAUGUUGAUAAUAUGCCGGAUAUUGACGCCAGUGCUGUACAAAUUAUGUACGAGAUAGUUGAAACCUAUCACGCACAACAGGCUGCUGUUUACUUUGUGCGUCUUCGAGAUCGGCCUAUGGAUAUGUUUAGACGUUCAGGAUUGCUCGAUAUGAUAGGCCAAGACCGGGUGUUCUAUAAAGUUUCUCAUGCUAUCGAAGUAAUUGAGAAGGACAUGGCCAAACGAGGUAUCGAGAUCACGCAAUGA